CUCAAUGAGGCUGUCGAGAGCGCAACUGGAUUGAACAGCAACUGGAUUGAGCGUGGAGCAGCGAACAUCACUGUCCACUCCGAGCACAACAUGGAUUACAGACGGAUUAAGCGUGUAUUAUUUGUCAAUGUAUUUAUGAACUUUGUAUUUAUUUCUCUUCAGAAAAAGGAAGAGGUGUUAUUGGAUAUGGUGGCAUCGGCAGCUGAGUUGGGUUGGUUGACAUCGCCUGUUGAGAACGGGUGGGAGAUAGGCCAACAGGCUGUGAAUGGCUCUCUGUUGUAUAACUAUUAUAUAUGUAACGUGGAGAAACGAGAACAAGACAACUGGCUCCGUACUACGUUCAUCCAGCGCAACCCCGCUGCCUCUCGGGUCUUUGUGGAGCUGCAAUUCCUUGUCCGUGACUGCAACACAUUCGAGGCAGACUCUCUUACCUGCAAGGAGACCUUUAACUUGUACAUCUAUGAGGCUGAUGCAGACAUUGGCACUGCUUUCCGCAAAAGCCAGUUCCGAAAAGUGGCCACCAUUGCUCCAGAUGAAAUAUCCGUCGUUGGAGAGAUGAAGUUGAACACUGAGACUAAAGUAGUGGAUAACCUUUCACAUAAGGGCUUCUACCUGGGCUUCCAGGACAUUGGGGCCUGUGUAGCCAUCUACUCUGUUAGGGUUUACUAUAAAACAUGUCCUGCAACAGUGCAGAGCUUGGCAGCAUUCCCUGAGACAGUGGCAGGGGGGGAGAAUCAAGCCCUGCGGGAGGUGGCAGGAAGUUGUGUCAAAAAUGCUGUCAGUGAGGGCCAACCGCGCAUUUAUUGCACCACGGAUGGGGAAUGGGUCGUACCUAUGAGCCAGUGCCAGUGCAAACCCGGGUUCGAAGCCCUCGAAGAAACUUGCCAAGAUCGAGGCCAGAAACAGCUGUUGUCACUUAAGAUUUUGGGUUUGGGUCAGGAGUAUUGA